UCCGGUCCCCGGGGCGCCGGUCGCCAUGGCGACGCCGGCGGGCCUGGAGCACUGGGUGGAGGACGAGCUGCACGCCGUGCUCGGGCUGAGCGAACGGCACCUGGCCCCCUUCCUCAUCGGCACCGCGCGACGCUGCGACUCGGCCGAAGACUUCGUGCGGCGGCUGCGGGACACCGGCGCCCUGGCCGCCGACGGGCCGGCACGGGACUUCGCCCUGACGCUCUGGAGCAAGGUUCCACGGAAGGUGUUGGCGGAGCGUCCGGCGCGGGCGGCGGAGCGGGCGGCCUUGGCCCUGCAGGAGAAGAACAAGGCCUACAGGCUGCUGGAGGACAGCGAGGACAGCGGCCCGGAGACCCAGUCCGCCGGGGCCCCCGCCGCCCCGUCCGCCAGCCGCAAGAAGAGACACCUGAGGCGGAGGCGGCGGCGGGAGGAGGAGGAGGAGGAGGAUGAGGAAGAACGGGAGCGGGAGGCGGCCGGCCGCGCGGAGAAGAGCCGGGCCGGGGGGAGCCGGGCCCCCACGGGGGAGAAGGCGGAGUCGGAGGACGAGUGGGAGCGCAGCGAGCGGGAGCGCCUGCGGGACCUGGAGGAACGCGACGCCUUCGCUCAGCGCGUGCGCCAGCGGGACAAGGACCGCACCCGCAACGUGUUGGAGCGCUCCGACAAGAAGGCGUAUGAGGAGGCUCAGAAACGGCUCAAAAUGGCGGAGGAGGACCAGAAAACGAUGAUCCCCGAGCUGCGGAAGAAGUCGCGGCGAGAGUACUUGGCGAAGCGGGAGCGGGAGAAGCUGGAGGACCUGGAGGCGGAGCUGGCGGACGAGGAAUUCCUGUUCGGGGACCAGCGGCUCAGCGGGGCCGAGCGGCGGGAGAUCCGCUACAAGCGCCGGGUGCGGGACUUGGCCCGAGAGUACCGGGCCGCCGGACAGCAGGAGAAGCUGGAGGCCACCAACCGCUACCGCAUGCCGGAGGAGACCCGGGGACCGCCGGCAGUGGAGACGGAGGUGGAGGAGGCGGGGUCGGGAGCUCCCGGGGAGGAGCAACGGCGCUGGGAGGAGGCCCGCCUGGGGGCCGCCACGCUGCGCUUCGGGGCCAAGGAUGCCGCCCCCCGGGAACCCGAGUACAAGCUGCUGCUGCUGGACGAGGAGGAGGAGGCCGCGGCCGCGGCCAUCGACUUCGUCUGCGCCACCCGGCUCGACGGCGACCAGGAGGCGUCGGCGGGUUCCUCGCCGGCCGGCCAGGCGGAGCGCGACGAGUCGAUCCGGGCCGUCCGCCGCAGCCUUCCCGUGUUCCCCUUCCGCGAGGAGCUCCUGGCCGCCAUCGCCGACCACCAGGUGCUCAUCAUCGAGGGCGAGACCGGCUCGGGGAAGACCACGCAGAUCCCCCAGUACCUCUUUGAGGAGGGCUACACGAGGGACGGGAUGAAGAUCGCCUGUACCCAGCCUCGCCGGGUGGCGGCCAUGAGCGUGGCCGCCCGCGUCGCCAAGGAGAUGGGGGUGAAGCUGGGGAACGAGGUGGGCUACAGCAUCCGCUUCGAAGACUGCACCUCGGAGCGCACGGUUCUCCGCUACAUGACCGACGGGAUGCUCCUCCGGGAAUUCCUCUCCGAGCCCGACCUCGGGAGCUACAGCGUGGUGAUGGUGGACGAGGCCCACGAGCGGACGCUGCACACGGACGUGCUGUUCGGCCUGAUCAAGGACGUGGCCCGCUUCCGCCCCGGCCUCAAGGUCCUGGUGGCCUCGGCUACCUUGGACACGGCCCGCUUCGCCACCUUCUUCGACGACGCGCCCGUCUUCCGCAUCCCCGGCCGGCGCUACCCCGUGGACAUCUUCUACACCAAGGCGCCGGAGGCGGACUACCUGGAGGCGUGUGUGGUGUCCGUGCUGCAGAUCCACGUGACGCAGCCCCCCGGGGACGUGCUGGUGUUCCUGACUGGGCAGGAGGAGAUCGAGACGGCCUGCGAGAUGCUCCAGGACCGCUGCCGCCGCCUGGGCUCCAAGAUCCGCGAGCUGCUGGUGCUGCCCAUCUACGCCAACCUGCCGUCCGACAAGCAGGCCAAGAUCUUCCAGCCCACGCCCCCCGGAGCUCGCAAGGUGGUGGUCGCCACGAACAUCGCGGAGACGUCGCUGACCAUCGAGGGCAUCAUCUACGUCCUGGAUCCCGGCUUCUGCAAGCAGAAGAGCUACAACCCGCGCACUGGCAUGGAGUCUCUGGUCGUCACCCCCUGCAGCAAGGCCUCGGCCAACCAGCGGGCAGGGCGGGCGGGCCGGGUGGCGGCCGGCAAGUGCUUCCGUCUGUACACGGCCUGGGCCUACCAGCACGAGCUGGAGGACACUACCGUCCCCGAGAUCCAGAGGACCAGCCUGGGCAACGUCGUCCUGCUCCUCAAGAGCCUGGGAAUCAACGACCUGAUCCAUUUUGACUUCCUGGACCCUCCGCCCCACGAGACCCUGGUGCUGGCCCUGGAGCAACUCUAUGCGCUGGGUGCGCUCAACCACCUCGGGGAGCUCACCAAGCUGGGCCGUAAGAUGGCGGAGCUGCCCGUGGACCCCAUGCUGUCCAAGAUGAUCCUGGCCUCUGAGCAGUACGGCUGCUCUGAGGAGAUCUUGACGGUGGCGGCCAUGCUGUCCGUGAACAACGCCAUCUUCUACCGGCCCAAGGACAAGGUCGUCCACGCCGACAACGCCCGGGCCAACUUCUUCGUGCCCGGCGGGGACCACCUGGUGCUGCUUAACGUCUACACCCAGUGGGUGGACAGCGGCUACUCGGCGCAGUGGUGCUACGAGAACUUCGUGCAGCUGCGCUCGCUGCGCCGGGCCCGGGACGUGCGGGAGCAGCUGGAGGGGCUGCUGGAGCGCGUCGAGGUGGGGCUCACCUCCUGCCAGGGCGACCACACCCGCGUCCGCAAGGCGAUCACCGCCGGCUAUUUCUACCACACGGCCCGACUGAUGCGCAGCGGCUACCGCACGGUGAAGCAGCAGCAGACGGUGUACAUCCACCCGAACUCCUGCCUCUUCGAGGAGCAGCCCCGCUGGCUGCUCUACCACGAGCUCGUCUUCACCACCAAGGAGUUCAUGAGACAGGUGCUGGAGAUCGAGAGCAGCUGGUUGCUGGAAGUGGCCCCCCACUACUACAAGGCCCGCGAGCUGGAGGACCCCAGUGCGAAAAAGAUGCCCAAGAAAGUGGGCAAGGUGCGGGAGGAACUCGGCUAGUGGGGCUGGCUGAGCCGGACCGCCCGCCCGUCCUCCUGUACGGUUUCCUUUCUAGCCUGCGGGUUCAUCUUUAUAGAGAGACUUUAAUUUUGUUAAAUAAAAUAAAAAACCCCAUCCGAAACAGA